CUUAUUACAAACUGCAAGUUCAUAAGCGUGGAGCAUCGUGUUUUAGCCAACGGAGCUGGACCGCGUAUCUCAGUAGCGUGCUUCUUCAGUUCGUAUUUGAUGGCGAAUCCUUGAGUUUAUGGACCUAUCAUUCAAAGAGCUUUUGUCUGAACAAAACCCUACCAUAUAUAGAGACACCACUAUUACAGAGUAUUCAAAGUUCUACAGAUCCAAAGGAUUCGAUGGUACCUCUGGAUAACUAUAUCUCAAGAUCUAAAGAAUAUGCACGUUUAUGUUUUAAUAAGGAUGCACAUGCACGUUUAUGUUUAAUAAGGAUGCGUAUAGGACUUUGGUUUCCCUGUAAUAAAGUCUUGUUUAAUUAAAAACCAGUGGGCCAGAAACCGUCACAAACCAUUUAUUUUCUAUCAAACUUACUACAAUCUAUGGUCAGUGAUUUUCUGUAACAAGUGGUCACAUGUCUAUCGAUGAUAAUCUAUAACCAGUGGUUUGCUGUAAAUCCAAGACAAUAAAAUAAGUUUUUUUUAACGAACACUAUGGAGACGACGAAGAUUGCUGCAUUGGAUCGUAUCAGUGAGCUUAAAGCUUUCGACGAGACGAAGGCAGGUGUGAAAGGACUCGUCGACGCUGGAAUAACACAGCUUCCACGCAUCUUCCACGACUCUCCUUCCAACUUAGCAAACCCCAAGCCGCCUUCCUCUGACUUGCCACAUAUCACGACCAUCCCAACGAUAGAUCUCGAAGGACGAGUCUUCGAGGACGAGACUAAGCGCAAGAAUACUGUUGAUGGAGUUAAAGACGCAGCAGAGAAAUGGGGUUUCUUCCAGGUGAUCAACCAUGGCGUUUCACUCGAUCUUUUGGAGAGAAUGAAAGAUGGAGUUCGAAGGUUUAACGAGCAAGCUCCUGAAGUGAAGAAACAAUACUACAGCAGAGAUUUCAGGAGAGAGUUUGUGUAUACAAGUAACUUCGAUCUCUACACUUCAUCAGCUGCGAGUUGGAGAGACACUUUCUCUUGUUACAUGGCUCCAAAUCCUCCCAAACCACAAGAUCUGCCAGCCAUCUGUAGGGAUGUUAUGUUGGAAUACUCAAAGCAAGCAUUAUGUCUGGGGGAGUUUCUAUUUGAGCUUUUAUCAGAAGCUCUAGGGUUGAAUCCUAAUCACCUCAAGGAGAUUGAUUGCUCCAAGGGCUUGCGCAUGCUCUGCCAUUACUACCCGCCCUGUCCAGAGCCUGACCUAACUUUAGGCGCAAGUAAACACAGUGACAGUUCUUUCCUUACCGUCCUUCUUCCGGAUCAGAUCGAAGGGCUUCAAGUUCUGCGUGAAGGGUACUGGUUUGAUGUUCCUCCUGUUCCUGGUGCACUCAUCAUCAACGUUGGAGACCUUUUGCAGCUUAUAACAAAUGACAAGUUCAUCAGUUCGGAGCAUAGAGUCUUGGCAAACAGAGCUACAAAAGCUAGAGUCUCAGUCGCCUGUUUCUUCACAACCGGCAUUAGACCGAAUCCUAGAAUUUACGGACCAAUAAGAGAGCUUGUGUCUGAAGAUAACCCUCCAAAGUACAGAGAGAUCACUGUUAAGGAGUUUGCUCUUCACCGCAGUGCCAAAGGACUUGACGGAACCUCUGAUUUGCUCCAUUUUAAAAUAUGAACAUGGUGAGCUUACCAUUUUCUCACAUAUAUUCAACAUGAAAAUAUGUGUAAUCAUAUCUACGUUUGCAGAUUAAAAUUACUUUAGAAAAGUAUGAGAAUUCUCAAGAGGUUCAUAAACAUCAUUGUUUAUACUUUUUA